UGCUGGGUCACGCCCCCUUACAAUGAGCGUUUUAAAGGGGCAGUGCAGCGUUUGCUGAGCGGAUCGCUGAGGCUGGAGUUGGAGCCGGAGCAUCACUGGGUGCCAGAAGACCGUAACCAUGCGGACUCUGUGUGUUUUUCUCCUCGUGGCGAUAUGUUCCUCCUGGGUUUUUUGUAAGCCCACCGUGGAAAAGAAGGACCGUGUCCACCACAGCAAGGACCUGAGUGACCACCACCACGAUGACAGCCAGGACUUCCAGUACGACCACGAAGCCUUCCUGGGCAAGGAGGAAUCCAAGACCUUCGACCAGCUGACCCCAGAGGAAAGCAAAGAGAGGCUUGGGAAAAUAGUCGACAAGAUAGACAAGGAUAAGGACGGCUUCAUAACUCAGGUGGAGCUCAAAGAGUGGAUCACCCACACCCAGAACCGCUACAUCUACGAGAACGUCAACAAGCACUGGGCGGACUACGACGAGAACAAAGACGAUAAAAUCGCCUGGGAGGAGUAUAAGAAAACGACGUACGGGUACGGCGCAGGUGAAGAGGAAUUCUACGACGUGCAGGAUAAAGACACAUACAGAAAGAUGAUGAAGCGCGACGAGCGCCGGUUCAAGCAUGCCGACAAGGAUGGAGACUUGAUAGCCACGCGGGAGGAGUUCACCGCCUUCCUGCACCCCGAGGAGUUCGACUACAUGAAAGACAUUGUUGUUACCGAAACUGUGGAAGACAUCGAUAAAAAUGGCGAUGGUGUGGUGGAUGUAGAUGAGUACAUCGGGGACAUGUACAGCCCUGAUGGAGAUGAACCGGAACCGGACUGGGUGAAAACGGAGCGCAAGCAGUUUCUGGAAUUCCGUGACUUGAACAAAGAUGGGAAAAUGGACCGUACAGAAAUUAGCCACUGGAUUCUGCCCCAUGACUACGACCAUGCUGACAUCGAGUCCAAACAUCUCAUCUACGAAUCCGACAAAGACAAGGACGACAAGCUGACUAAAAAGGAGAUCUUGGAGAAUUGGAACAUGUUUGUCGGCAGCCAAGCGACCAACUACGGAGAAGACCUGACCAGGCGGCACGACGAAUUCUGAUGGACUCUGUUACUCUGCUCCUUCUGGAGCGCCUCACUCAUCAGCACAUUGUUGGUGCUUUAGGGAUGGGAUUCCAACAUUGUGGUUUUUGGAAUCUCGGUACAAAAAGGGGGGACUGUGACUAUUUAUUCAUCUGGGGUUUUUUUAAGGCAUGCGUUUUCCUAUCCAGCUAGAAAAAGAUUCCGAUUUGUAUGACCUUGAAGGUAUAUACAAGACUUCGGUGAAAACGUCUAGCAUAUUCCCAAGCUAUUUACCCCAAAAAUAUUUUUAUACUGGAUAAAACUCUUCCCCAAACUCACUGCAUCAAACCUGUUUCAAAUAUGCUGUAUUUUAUCUUUUGUCUUCCUCCAGAACCUACAAAAAGACCACUUACUGAAUUGUGCUUUAUUCUAGAACGUGACUUUUUUUAAUGGCUAGCCAAAAAGCAAUGGCAUAACCCAGUAAACGAUAGCCUCUAAAACCUGAGAAUGUGCUUUCCUUCUAAUAUUGAGGGGGUUAGUGUACCCCUUAAACACAGGCUGCUACUUGUUUCAUCAGAGUGUACCAAAAUCCAACUUCCAAUAUGUCUAGGAAUCACAUUUGUUAGAUUUACCGUACCCUGUACAAAUACUUUAAAUAGUGAACACCUUUCACCAAAUAAACACUUUUCUCCCCCUGUGUGUAUCUUA